AUUACACUCCAAAAAAAGUGGUUUCGAAAGUCGGAGGCUGGAUGAAACUUAACAUUUACCGAAAUUGUAGUAAACAUUACAGUACUGUUAAAUGGAAGUGAAGGAAGAAGUGAAACCUCAUUUCAAAGGGGGAUUUUUCAAGAGAUCUUACCCUGCCAAGUGAUAUUGCAGUAUUUCAAAGUUAUAUUUUGUACCCAAACAAUGCUAUACUAACAGUUGGAAGCAUUUUGAGUGAUAAUACAUUACUGGGUAGUAAGUGUGCAAUAAUGGAAAGUAAUACUUCAGAUGCCACACAGGGACCCCACUCUGGCAGAAUUAUCAUUCCUUUAACAGGACAAAGGACCACCCUUGUCCUAUUAUGUUGGUGGUGACUCCUAUGCCUGGUGGUUCCCCAGUUUCUGCUGUUAUUCUAGAACGCUCUCUCGUUUCUAAUUUGACAGAGUGUAUGUUUGAGAGGUCUCUUCCAAAGGAUUGCUUACUCAGGCACCGACAGAAUAUAAACCGAUAUGUCUGGAAUGGACCGCCAGUCUAUUAUAGAUUCUUGAAGGGAAAAUUUCACUGGAAACCCCCACUCUUUUAUAGAUUAUCUAAAUAAAAAUUUCACUGGAAUGGACCCCCAGGUUAUUAUAGAUUAUAUAAAGGAAAAUUUCCCUGAAAUUGACCAGUCUAUUAUAGAUUCUCUAAGGGAAAAAUUCGCUGGAAUGGACCCCCAGUCUAUUAUAGAUUCUCUGAGGGAAAAAAUCCCAAGGCAUUCUCAGACAUAUAAUGCAGAAUUUGAUUAUGGAAACUGGCUGCAAUAUGUUGAAGAAGUGAAAAAGAAGACAGUCAUAGCAUUAUGGGCCUGCCUGGUUUUAUUCCUAACAUCUUAUACAAUCUAUAAGUUCAGUAUGUGCAUUGGAGAUUUCAGGAGUUACAGCAGUAGGGUGUUCUGCUGUCGAAUUUGCGGUGACUGGGAUGAGGAAGUAGCAGCAGCAGCAGCAGCAGCAGCAGGGGCAGCAUCAAAUAACGCCUCCCAGACCGCGCCAGUGCAGCAGAUCUGUGUCGUCCCCAAUGAAUCUGAUGGCGCUGCUGGGAAACAAGAGCCGAAUGAGACUGAUAAAAAGAAAGUAUCAGCUAAAGAACAGGAUCCUGUUGUGCAAUACCCAGUUUAUGGAGGCGACCAGCCAGUGUAUACUCAGCAACCAGAAUAUGGUACACAGUAUCCAGUUUAUGGAACUCACCAACCGGUAUAUGGGGCCCAACAUCCAGUUUAUGGAGGCCAACAACCGGAUUAUGUAACUCAGCAACCACUAUAUGGAUCUGAAACCCAACAACCAGGGACUGAAACCCAACAACCAGGGUCUGAAACCCAACAACCAGGGUCUGAAACCCAACAACCAGGAUCUGAAACCCAACAACCAGGGUCUGAAACCCAACAACCAGGGUCUGAAACCCAACAACCAGGGACUGAAACCCAACAACCAGGGUCUGAAACCCAACAACCAGGAUCUGAAACCCAACAACCAGGAUCUGAAACCCAACAACCAGGGUCUGAAACCCAACAACCAGGGUCUGAAACCCAACAACCAGGGUCUGAAACCCAACAACCAGGGUCUGAAACCCAACAACCAGGGUCUGAAACCCAACAACUAGGGUCUGAAACCCAACAACCAGGGUCUGAAACCCAACAACCAGGGUCUGAAACCCAACAACCAGGGUCUGAAACCCAACAACCAGGGACUGAAACCCAACAACCAGGGUCUGAAACCCAACAACCAGGGUCUGAAACCCAACAACCAGGAUCUGAAACCCAACAACCAGGGUCUGAAACCCAACAACCAGGGACUGAAACCCAACAACCAGGGUCUGAAACCCGACAACCAGGGUCUGAAACCCGACAACCAGGAUCUGAAACCCAACAACCAGGAUCUGAAACCCAACAACCAGGGUCUGAAACCCAACAACCAGGGUCUGAAACCCAACAACCAGGGUCUGAAACCCAACAACCAGGGUCUGAAACCCAACAACCAGGGUCUGAAACCCAACAACCAGGGUCUGAAACCCAACAACCAGGGUCUGAAACCCAACAACCAGGAUCUGAAACCCAACAACCAGGGUCUGAAACCCAACAACCAGGAUCUGAAACCCAACAACCAGGAUCUGAAACCCAACAACCAGGAUCUGAAACCCAACAACCAGGGUCUGAAACCCAACAACCAGGGUCUGAAACCCAACAACCAGGGUCUGAAACCCAACAACCAGGGUCUGAAACCCAACAACCAGGGUCUGAAACCCAACAACCAGGGUCUGUUGCACAACCAGUGACUGGUUCCCAACAAUCAGUAUGCAGACCCCUACAACCAGUGAUUGUACCGCAGCAACCAAUGUAUAAACCCCAACAAGCAGUAUAUGGACCAGUGUAUAGACCCCAACAGCCAGUGAAUGGACCCCAACAGCCAGUGAAUGGACCCCAACAGCCAGUGAAUGGACCCCAACAGCCAGUGAAUGGACCCCAACAGCCAUUGUAUAGACCCCAACAGCCAGUGUAUGGAUCCCAACAGCCAGUAUAUGGACCCCAACAGCCAAUGUAUAGACCCCAACAGCCAGUGUAUGGAUCCCAACAGCCAGUAUAUGGACCCCAACAGCCAUUGUAUAGACCCCAACAGCCAGUGUAUGGAUCCCAACAGCCAGUAUAUGGACCCCAACAGCCAUUGUAUAGACCCCAACAGCCAGUGUAUGGAUCCCAACAGCCAGUAUAUGGACCCCAACAGCCAUUGUAUAGACCCCAACAGCCAGUAUAUAGACCCCAACAGCCAGUAUAUGGACCUCAACAGUCAGUGAAUGGACCCCAACAGCCAUUGUAUAGACCCCAACAGCCAGUGUAUGGAUCCCAACACCCAGUGAAUGGACCCCAACAGCCAGUGUAUAGACCCCAACAGCCAGUGAAUGGACCCCAACAGCCACUGUAUAGACCCCAACCGCCAGUGAAUGGACCCCAACAGCCACUGUAUGGACCCCAACAGCCACUGUAUGGACCCCAACCGCCAGUGAAUGGACCCCGACAGCCACUGUAUAGACCCCAACUGCCAGUGAAUGGACCCCAACAGCCACUGUAUAGACCCCAACAGCCAGUAUAUGGACCCCAACAGCCAGUGUUUAGACCCCAACAGCCAGUGAAUGGACCCCAACAGCCACUGUAUAGACCCCAACAGCCAGUAUAUGGAACACAACAACCAGAGUCCGGAGCCCAGCAGCCUAAAGAGCUAUAGUCAGUAUAUGGGACCCAGCAACCGGUUUAUAGAAGUCAGCAACCACUAUACAGACCUCAACAACCAGUAUAUGGACCUUAAUAAGGAAAUCCUGUAACUUUCCAGUAACCAGUAACCUCACCAAUGUUCCUUGUAUCUGUGUACUUCCACUGGAUCAUAUUUUGUUAGAUGGAUAGCUGACAAGGUAUUUAUGAUUGUCUUUAAAACUUCUUCCAUAGAUCGUGAUUUGAUAUACCACCAGCUCUAAAUUGCAUUUUAUGGCAGUAUAUAAUAUUGAUAAAGCUGUUAGAGAAACUUUCUACUGGUACCUGCUACAUUAAACUGACCAUGUUUUUUUUCUGAAAAAAGAGGGUACUUGUACAGUUGUCAUAUAUUUAGAGAGUUUGUACAGUCAUUAUUUAUAAUGUUUUAAUUUUUAAUAUGAAAAUAAUAGUUCAGUUUUUUUGUGAUGCAUUAAUUCAAUUGUCUUAAUAUUGUUCGUAUUUUUUUUUAUGUUUCUAAAUGUUGAUGUUUCCAUAGUUUAAAAAAAAUGAAUGGUGUAUAUUAUUGUAGUAUUUAAUGUGGAUCAGCAGUCUUCCUUGUAUUGAGUGUAUAGUCUUCUUAUGGAGUUCAAAUACAAAUUUUUCCUAAAUAUUAAUCAUAUUUUAUGUAAAACAUUCAUAAUGCUUCUCUUUUUGAUGAAUUUGUGUCAGCAAUGUCUUGAGAAAA